AUGGAUCCUUUCGAGUACAACGCCAACCCAGGCCGAGUGGUCUUUGGGAAAGGCAGUAUCCAAAAACUUCCGGAUGAGAUCAGACGUCUAGGCUUCAAAUCACCCCUUAUCCUCUCGACCCCCCAGCAAGUCAGUCAAGCUGAAGAGCUCGCUAAAAUCCUGACUGCCGCGUCGAUUGAGCCUGCCGGCACCUACUCAAACGCUACCAUGCAUACUCCCUCGCACAUUACCGAAGAAGCCAUGGCUUUCAUUCAAUCCAAGUCCGCAGAUUGUGUCGUCUCAAUAGGAGGAGGUUCAACAACAGGAUUGGGCAAGGCGAUUUCAGUCCGCACCGGCCUACACCAUAUUUGCAUCCCAACUACCUACGCCGGAAGUGAAAUGACACCCAUACUGGGCGAAACGCAAGAUGGUCGAAAAACCACGCGGACCGAUCCCAAGAUUCUUCCCGGCACGGUAAUCUAUGAUGUCGAUCUCACCAUGACCCUUCCCGCAUCUCUCAGUGCUACAUCAGGAGUAAAUGCGAUUGCGCACGCAGUGGAGGCGCUCUACGCGAAGAAUAAAAAUCCGAUUAUCUCCCUUCUCGCCAUCGAGGGAACCAAAGCCCUUGCUGAAUCACUCCCAGAGAUCAUUCAAAACCCCCAAUCCCAGUCUGCUCGUGAGAAGGCGCAGUAUGGAGCCUGGCUUUGCGGUGUCUGUCUCGGUUCGUCCUCGAUGGCCUUGCACCAUAAAUUAUGCCACACGCUCGGAGGCUCCUUCAACCUCCCUCAUGCCGAAACUCACACUAUCGUCCUUCCCCACGCGCUUUCCUACAAUGCUCCCGCUAUUCCAGAAGCGAUGGAGAAGCUCGCCACUGCCCUCCCCGGGAGUGAAGGCAACGCCAUCAAUGGACUGAACAUCCUGCUCGAGAAGUUGCAGGUGAAGCGCGCGCUGAAGGAUUAUGGCAUGAAGGAGGAGGACAUCGACAAGGCUGCUGAGAUUGCCGUGAGCAAUCAAUAUCCCAACCCCCGAAAGGUGGAAAAGGAGCCGAUUAGAGAGCUGAUCAGAAGGGCGUGGGCGGGGGAGCCGGCACGAGCGGAUCUUUAG